AUGACUGCUAGGGGAGAUGCGCGUACCCGUCCACACAUCAGUCUUCGGUCCUGGACUGCGCUUGUCGGAGCAUCUCUCGCCUUAUACAGCACUGUCGGGUUCCUCAAUGCGUUUGGCGUUUUCCAAGCGCAUUAUCAAGCUCACUUACUCGCCGAUCGUUCAGCCUCCGACAUAUCAUGGAUCGGUUCGGUCUCCAUCUUUCUCUUAUACCUGGGUGCUGGGUUCGCCGGUAUGCUCGUCGAUAAAUUCGGGCCGACCAAGCUGCUAUGGUUCGGCAGCGCAGUCAUUCUCAUCGCCGUGUUCAUGACCUCCCUCUGCAAGGAGUACUGGCAAUUUGUCCUCGCGCAGGGAGUCCUGCUUGGCGCCGGCAUGUCUCUAGUCUUUUGCACGCCGUUGGGUGUGGUCAUGAGGCACAUGCCGCAUCGCCGCGGACUUGCAAUGGGCCUGACAAUCGGUGGUGCCUCGAUCGGCGGUGUGAUAUGGCCGAUCAUGCUCCAGCAGCUUCUGGUAAGGCAUGAGCUCAGUUUCGGCUGGUCUAUGCGAAUCGUCGGGUUUACUCUACUACCACUGCUGGUCGUGUCUUGUCUCACCGUUGUCGAGCCACCCGCGCCAAACCCUACGCCCUCGGCGGUCGAAGCAUCGGAGACGUCCUCGCCCGAGACCGGAUCUGGGACUGCAUUACAAGAUAAAGAGGAGUCUGCAGCGAGCAAGUCCAGGAUCAUGGACUUUGCGGUCUUGAAGAAUCGCACCUACGUCGUUCUCUGCGUCGGUCUGGCCAUCGCUCUCUUGGGAUGGUUUACCCCCAUCUUUUACAUAUCUGCAUACGCGAUCGAAAAAGGCCAGUCGCCCUCGACAGCGUUCUACCUUGUAUCGGCUCUCAAUGCAGCGUCCUGCUUCGGCAGAGUCGGGCCGGGCUAUGUGGCUGACACGCUAGGUCAUUUCAAUGUUCUUGCGAUUGUAACGCUCCUUUCAGGAGUGAUAAGUUUCUGCUGGACUCGAGCUACUUCGUUGGCAGCUCUCAUUAUCUGGAGUUUAGCAUAUGGAUUCGCUUCCGGUGCCGUUGUGAGCCUCCAGAAUGCCUGUGCUGGCAAGGUCGCAAGUCAUGGCACACAAGGGACGGCCGUUGGCUUUCUGAACGCAUGUAUCGCCUUUAGUGCAUUGAUUGGCACGCCUAUCAGUGGUAUCAUUCUCAAAAGCUCCGGGUACUUGGCACUGUCUGUCUGGAGCGGUGCUACAUUGUGUGGCGGCGCGGUGGUUAUUGCAGCUGCACGUUUCCUUCAGAACAAGGACUUGAAUGUUGCCUUUUGA